AUGAAGUUCACUACGGCUAUCGUUGCUGUUCUAGCAACCGUUGCUGCUGCCAGCCCCUUCGUUGCCCAUAAUGGCACGCACAAGGACAUGCCCAAAUGCGCCUAUGAGUGCCUCGAAAAGCUCUUCAGGGAGACGACCAACUGCAAGGAAGAAGACUACAAGUGCAUGUGCGACAAGAAGGUGAACGCCGAAGUCAUGAAGAAGGCUCCUAAAUGCAUUCUCAAGGCCUGCGACAUGGCCAAAGCCCUGAAGGCAAAAGCUAUUGCCGAGAAAACAUGCAAAGCUGUGAAAAAGGCUGCGGAGGCGGAGGAAGAGGCUCUUGCAAAGAACUCUACCAUCGCACAGAACACCACUAUCCAUGCCAGGGCCUUUCUUGCACGCAACACUACUGUUCAUGGUAUGGUCCUCAUUCCGCACAACUCGACCGCCAACAAAACCCUCCUCUCCGCCUAA